UGCGGAGCCUCUCACUUCUUUCUCCACUGACUUCAUUAUUUGAAUAGAGGCAAUGGACUCUUAUUGCGCUGCGUAUUAACUACCAGAUCAAUUACAAAUUACAAAAGGAAAAAAAAAAAAAACCUCACUGGCUCUGAGGGGCGCUUUGUGACCAGCGGGGGCCUCUCUCCUACAAUGGAAGCUUUAUGCAAAUGGCCAGUGCGCAACUUUGCGCAAGAAGUGAGCUGCGAUCCAGGGUGAAGUGCGGGUGGUAUCGUAUGCAAAUACGCAUGCUGACGUUAGAGAUCAUGUGGGUUUUGGCGUAGAUUCCCCACUGAUCGAGGAUUCUUUUUUUUUCGCCGUUGUGCUGUUUGGGGGUGGGGGGGUGCCGAUCGAAUGUUGCGUUUCCCAGCGUUCUGUUGUGACUUCAUCAAGAGAAACAUUGUAGCAACACUGUUUGCCAACGUUCCAAAGCACGUCAUCGCGUUCCAAGACCUGGCCGCAGUAUUCGGAAGCCUCCAUGAAUUAAGAGAUGUCGUUUGACGUGUCCACGAGGAGGAUUCCAUCUUAGCAAAGGUCUGCUGUACGCCUAGAUCACUUUAUCUUCCUAUUCACGGUAAUCGUUGAUGCGGUCUAUGGCUGCCUACAACAUAUAACAUCUUUGCAGCGUUUCGAGGGCACUUAACUCGAGUUAAAGACUUGACACAGAAGCUCUGUCACAUUGUUGGCAUGGCCAGUAAAAGGAAGUCAACUACCCCGUGCAUGGUGCGGGCAACUGAGCUUCUUGAUCAAGAUGACCAUGAUAUGGAAGUUGGCGAUGAUGGGACACCAGAUACUGAAAGAAGAGAUGACAGGGUGGAGAAAGAGAAGGCUAGCAAAGAGAAUGAAAUGGUGGAAGAUAAGCCACCACCUGAGAACCAAUCGAAAAAACUUCAAGGGGGUUAUGAGUGUAAAUACUGUCCUUAUGUAACACAACAUCUCAAUGAAUUUACAGUGCAUGUAGAUGUGCAGCAUCCAAAUGUAAUUCUCAAUCCCCUUUACGUUUGUGCUGAAUGUAAUUUCACAACCAAAAAAUAUGAUUCUUUAUCUGAACACAAUGCAAAACAUCAUCCCGGGGAGGACAACUUCAAAUUAAAGUUGAUGAAACGCAAUAAUCAGACCAUCCUAGAACAGUCGAUAGAGGUCCCUCCAGAUGUCUCAAGUACCCAUGAAAAUUUUGACAAUGGUGACAACUCAUCCGGGAUUCCAAUAAGUAAAAUGCCGAUCAUGAAAUUUGGGAAGGGAAGAUCAGAAAUAAAAAAAGGAUCAAGAAAAGCAGAGGAAACUGUACAGGACAACCACUAUGAAGCGGGUACCUGUAUUCCAGAAACAAAUGGUGUUUUAAAUAACCAUAAUCAUCACGAUGGCUUAUCGCACGUUAUGCCCUCCGUUCAGCUUCCACCUAAUAUAAACCUUCUUCCUAAGGUCCCUGUUCCUUUUAAUAGUAGCAAGUAUAAUUGUGCCCUCGAUGCAAACUCAACAUUAAUAAAUUCCUUCAACAAAUUUCCUUACCCAACACAAGCAGAGUUGUCUUGGUUGACCGCAGCAUCAAAACACCAAGAGGAGCAAAUUAGAAUAUGGUUUGCCACCCAGCGGUUGAAGCAUGGCAUAAGCUGGUCUCCAGAAGAGGUAGAAGAGGCAAGAAAGAAAAUGUUUAAUGGUACUAUUCAGUCUGUUCCUCAAACCAUCACAGUUUUACCUGGCUCUCUGACGACGGCCAAAGUUUCUCAGCCUAUUAUUCAGACAGCAUUGCCAUGUCAAAUACUUGGACAAACUGGUCUUGUUUUAACUCAGGUGACAAACGCACCCACUGUUACAGUUCCACAAUUUAACUCCAAUGUCAGUGUUGCCAAACAAAGCCAGAAACGAUCAAUGCAGAACACCCCCGAAGCUCCAGAGGUGAAACGGCAAAAUACUGCACAAUCCCCUUCCACACCAAAGUCCAGUGUUGUGCCAUCAACCAACAAUGAUCGUAAAAAGACCAAGGAACAGAUUGCUCUCUUAAAAGCUAGUUUUGUAAUUAGUCAGUUUCCAGAUGACACCGAAAUCUAUAGGCUAAUCGAUGUUACUGGGCUUUCAAGAAGUGAAAUUAAAAAGUGGUUCAGUGAUCAUAGGUAUCGAAGCCAGAGAGGUAUUGUUCAUAUCACUAGCGAAUCCAUAGCAAGGGAAAAAAUAUCCAUUGCCAAGUCCGGUCGAUCUUCCCAGCCAUACAGUGAAACAGGAACACGAAAACAAUUGACAGAGACAACAGAGGAACAACUUCGAUUUCUUGAAAACAGUUUUCUAAAAAGUUCUUUUCCAACACAGACCGAAAUGGAUCACUUAAAAGCAGAAACCAAAUUGAGUAGAAAAGAAAUUGACUUGUGGUUUUCAGAAAGAAGGAAAAUUAGGGAUUCCAUGGAACAAGCUGUUUUGGAUUCAAUGGGUACAGAAAAAACAAACGAAGUUGGACUUGUGAACGGAUCUUUAAAACAAUCAAGUAAUUCAACUAGCACUUGGCCACAACCUUCAGCUUCUUAUAAAUCUAAACAGGAGCAGCUCCACCUACUAAAGAGUACAUUUGCAAGAACUCAAUGGCCAUCCCCACAGGAUUAUGACCAGUUGGCUGCACAGACUGGUCUCGUUAGGACUGAAAUAGUCAAGUGGUUUAAAGACAAUAGGUGUGUCCUCAGAACAGGUAGUUUAAGGUGGAUGGAGCAAUACAGGAAACAUUAUGAGCGUUCACUAGAGGAACGUAAAGUGUUUGUACAGACGAUUUCAGCUACCAAGGUGGGCAAAGACUUUCUUACAAGAUAUUUUCAGGAGUACAACCAGCUUCAUGAAGAGGAUAUUGAUCUUCUUGCUAUAAAGUCCAAGAUGACUUUUGAUCAGAUUAGGGUUUAUUUUGCUGAGAUGCAACAACAGGCAGCUCUGGAUCAGUUGGACAGCAGCAGUCCGGAUGAGCCAAUCAUAGCCGAAAGUGAUUCUCAAGAAAAGGACUGGGCCAAGGCCUCUCCUGGAAAUGAAAGUGCUGCCUCUGAUGGUGCGGACAGCUGGGGUCACACUACUAACGAAACCCCAGAAGAAACGCAGGAUUACGAAUAUGGAAGUGCACCUAGUGAUAAUUCUCACAACUAGUCAGGUUAGUGGAAUAGACCACUUCUUCUACUGUUCUCUUUGAAGAUAAUCUAGAGAUCUAUUUUCUUACUACGGUUUGUGAAUCCAACCGUUUAGGCCUCUGUUUUCCUCUCACAUUGCGGACUUGGACCUAAUGGAUUAUAAACCAUGGAAAGUUCUUUUUGCCAAAGAACUAAGGACUCAGAGACCAUGUAAAUGCUACAUACACCACCUACUUGACUGUUUAAAGUUUGAAAGACUGAUUACCCUUACUGUUUGAUAAAAAAAAAGAUGAAUUUGCAUUUUUUUAUAUAUAAAUAUAACUUUUGCAUUAUUUAGAAUUAGUAACCACUAAGUUGUGUCCUGGUUUUUCUUCCUUUUUUUUCGUUUUUAUUUUAUUUUGCCUUCCCCGUGUCCUGUAAAUACAAAAUAUAUAUAUUUGUUACCUUCUUGUGGUACAAAGGCUUAAAUUGUGGGACCCCCUACCUUUGCUUGAGUGGACUUUUUGGGGCAAUAUGUUUAGUCCUGUGUCCAAAUUGCAGUGGCACAAAAGCUGUAUCAAACUUACAAUUUCUUUAAAAGGAAGAGCCAGAUUAAUGCCUCAAUUUCAUCCCCACUUUUUUACCACGACAAACAUCUUUGUAAGUAAAGAAGUGUUGGUAA